CCUCCAACCGCCCCCCCUCCCGGAUGGGGAAAAAAAAGAUGUCAGCUCCUCCGCAGUAGUAUUGCUCCUUAAAAACCCCUCUCUCUGAAAAUGACAUGCCCUCGCAAUGUAACUCCGAACUCGUACGCGGAGCCCUUGGUUGCGCCGGGCGGAGGAGAGCGCUAUAGCCGGAGCGCAGGCAUGUAUAUGCAAUCUGGGAGUGACUUCAACUGCGGGGUGAUGAGGGGCUGCGGGCUCGCGCCCUCGCUCUCCAAGAGGGACGAGGGCAGCAGCCCCAACCUCGCCCUCAACACCUACCCGUCCUACCUCUCGCAGCUGGACUCCUGGGGCGACCCCAAAGCCGCCUACCGCCUGGAACAACCUGUUGGCAGGCCGCUAUCCUCCUGCUCCUACCCACCUAGUGUCAAGGAGGAGAAUGUCUGCUGCAUGUACAGCGCAGAGAAGCGGGCGAAAAGUGGCCCCGAGGCAGCUCUCUACUCCCACCCCCUGCAGGAGUCCUGCCUCGGGGAGCACGAGGUGCCGGUGCCCAGCUACUACCGCGCCAGCCCGAGCUACUCCGCGCUGGACAAGCCGCCCCACUGUGCCGGGGCCAACGACUUCGAAGCCCCUUUCGAGCAGCGGGCCAGUCUCAACCCGCGCGCCGAACAUCUGGAGUCUCCCCAGCUCCGGGGUAAAGUGAGUUUCCCUGAGACCCCCAAGUCCGACAGCCAGACCCCCAGCCCCAAUGAGAUCAAGACCGAGCAGAGCCUGGCGGGCCCAAAAGGCAGCCCCUUGGAGAGCGAAAAGGAUCGGGCCAAAACCGCCGACUCCAGCCCAGACACCUCGGAUAACGAAGCGAAAGUUACGUUAAAAAAAUUUUUCCCCGUUGGUUUCCAAAAGCAGCUUACAAAUGAGUGGUCGGGAAAUUUCUGUGUGCAUGAGGAGAUAAAGGCAGAAAACACCACAGGAAAUUGGCUGACAGCAAAGAGCGGAAGGAAGAAGAGGUGUCCCUAUACUAAACACCAGACGCUGGAAUUGGAGAAAGAAUUUCUGUUCAAUAUGUAUUUGACACGAGAGCGCCGCCUGGAGAUUAGCAAGACCAUUAACCUUACAGACAGACAAGUCAAAAUCUGGUUUCAAAAUCGCAGAAUGAAACUCAAGAAAAUGAACCGAGAGAAUCGAAUCCGGGAACUGACCUCCAAUUUUAAUUUCACCUGAGCGAGGGGCCUCCCCUCCCACUCCCCCUCUUCCCCCCCUUCCUUCCUUUCCCCGCCCCUCCUCCCUUUGUGCCUGGUGGUAUAUAUAUUUUUUCCUCCCUGAGUAUAAAUGCAACACGCCUGCAAAAAAGGCAAAGACCUCAGACACUCCUUUCAAGGGACCCAUGGUUCGUGCUGCGAAGAUGUGUCCACCUAAAGCAUGAGAAAUGGGGUGCUGGGUUGUGGGGUGUGGUGUGCCUGCAUAGACGAGGGUGGGAGUGUGGCUGGUGUGUGUGUCAACCCCUCACUCACCCACGCACUCACACAUAGCACCCUGUUCUCCAGGCAAAGUUAAGGUCGAAUCCACCCAAUUAUAGGGAAAAAAAGGAAAAAAAAAUCAACCAGAGAAGGUCUGUAAUCUCGAAGAGCACAGUCAGAAUCGCUCCUUCCUUGCUGCAUUUCCUCCUUAGAAUAAUAGACGUUUUGGAAAGUUCGGCUAGUGUUUGUGUGUUUGUCGUAGCGUCCAGCGCCUGCACCAAACCCUCUCUGUGUCUUCACCUCCCAAUCGCUCUGAGAAUCUGCUUGAAGUCUCGUAUUUGUACUGCUUUCUGCUUUUCUCCCAUUCUCCCGGCACCCCUACAUCCCCCAUGCACUGCCAUCUCAGAAAUUCCAUCCAGAGGAGCAAAAAAAAAUUUUUUUAAUUUAAAAUAGAACAUAGUGAAGCAAAGACAGAGUGCCCCUCCCCCAAAUAUUGCCCUGUCCCUGUCUGGGAGUUGUGUUAUUUAAAGAUAUUCUGUAUGUUGUAUCUUUUGCAUGUAGCUUCCUUAAUGGAGAAAAAAAUCCUAAUAAAUUUCCAGAAUCAUAAUCCUCA